UUAGAAGGAUCAUCUUAGGCUACCUAUACAAUGCCAUCGGUAAAUCAGACUUUAUCCUAAAUUCUGGUCCUUCCUCAGGCCACCCGAGCAUGAAGUACUGUCACCUACCCGCAUUAACUUGCUGCAACAACACUGGUCCAAGCGGGUUGUGUCCGCUGCAUGCCUAGACCACGGCAACCAUCUGUCUAGACCGUGUCCCUGGAGACGCCUGAGAGACAUGUCCCGGGCACAGAUCUCAGCUCUGGUGUUCGGCGUCGGGGGCUUUGGUGCUCUCGUCGCUGCCACUGCAUCCAAUGAGUGGAAAGUAACCACCCGAGCAUCCUCGGUGAUAACGGCCACUUGGGUUUACCAGGGUCUGUGGAUGAACUGCGCAGGUAACGCGUUGGGUUCUUUCCAUUGCCGACCACACUUUACUAUCUUCAAAGUAGAAGGUUACAUCCAGGCAUGUAGAGGACUUAUGAUUGCGGCUGUUAGCCUGGGCUUUUUUGGUUCCAUAUUUGCCCUGUUUGGAAUGAAAUGUACCAAAGUCGGAGGCUCAGAUAAAGCCAAAGCUAAAAUUGCUUGUUUGGCUGGCAUUGUAUUCAUACUGUCAGGGCUAUGCUCAAUGACCGGGUGUUCCCUGUAUGCAAACAAAAUCACAACGGAAUUCUUUGAUCCCCUCUUCGUGGAGCAAAAGUAUGAAUUAGGAGCUGCUCUGUUUAUUGGAUGGGCAGGAGCCUCACUCUGCAUAAUUGGUGGUGUCAUAUUUUGCUUUUCAAUAUCUGACAACAGCAAAGCACCCAGAAUGGGAUACGCGUACAAUGGGGCCACAUCUAUCAUGUCUUCUCGGACAAAAUAUCAUGGCGGAGAAGGAGAUUUUAAAGCCACAAACCCUUCAAAACAGUUUGAUAAAAACGCUUACGUUUAAAAAGAGCACUGCCCACAAGCUGUGUCUUGAGCUUGUUAUAUACAUGAACUGUUCUCAAAAUGAUGCCAUCAAGGCCCUCCUGUAAUUAACACUCAAACUAUUUUUAAAAUAUGCAUUUGAAGAAUUUGUUGAUUAUUGGAUGUAAAUGUUCUUACAUAGUUACAUACUAAUCAUUUUCUGUUGUGGCUUUCUAUGAAAAAAAAUAAAGAGGCUAUUUACAGGAUAUGUAUAUAUUUUACACAUCAUAGAACCUGUAAUGUAUUUAGCACCAGCGAUUCCAGUAUUUGUAAUGUAGCCGUCUU